AUCUGAAGAUCAAAUGCCAGACCUGCAGUCAGCACCUACUGUCAGAUUCCUGUUUACACUCCUCAACACGCCCGAGACCAAGGACUCUGAGUCAGACUCAGAUACCCAGGAUAAUCAGUUCCUCGAUCAGGACGACUGGGGUCCCAAACAAACCUCGAAGGAGAUGAGGGAAUUGCAGCAUGAGUGCAUGAGGCUUCUGGAUGCUGUGAGCAUUACCCAGAUGGAAAACCUGGCCUUGAAGGAGAAGCUGCAAAGCCUGUCUACUACUUUGUACCAGAGCAUGAAGGAAGAAGUCCUGGCCUUUCAGGAGGAAGCUAAGAUGGCUCUGGAGGAAGAAACUGAUAAUGAUGACAGUGGUGAUGAUGGUGAUGAUGAUGAUGAUGAUGACGAUGACGACGACGAUGAUGAUGAUUAUAGUGAUAGAUGACAAAGAGGAGGGGGCACCUGUGCUGUUCCAGGUGCCUGUCUAGUCUUGCUCACAAGAGCCUCCCUCACCUUUCCCUGCCACAGCCCACCUGACCUUCCUCGUGUCCACAGUAACCACAGCCAG